AUGUCAAUGUCGAAGAAGAAAGAGCAGAGCUAUGAUCUCCCUGAAGAUGUUAUAGUGAAGAUUCUUUGCCGUCUGCCAGUCAAGUCCUUGAUACGGUUCAGUUGUGUGUCGAAACGCUGGCGUUCUAUCAUCAUUUCUGAUCCACAGUUUGGCAAGUCUCAUCUUGAAGUAGCAUCACAGCAGGGAACCCUCUGUCGGAAAGUACUCAUCUCCAUCUACCCUACAAUUAAACCCGUGAAAGGUUAUAUCCCCGAUCCUUUAGAAGAUGGCUUGCCUUGGUUACCCUCUCGAUUUCAAUCCUUAGAGGGUUAUUCUUCGGUCAGUUAUCUCACAUUAACAUCGGAGGAGAAGAGCCAACGAGUAAUGGCCUCGUGCAAUGGUUUGGUACUUCUAGGUGAAUCAUAUCAAGGUUAUUUCAAGAACUUGUCUAUCUGGAACCCAUCAACUGGAUUUUUUCGCAAAUUACCUACUCCAUGUUUUGCGCGGCUUGAGCUGACAAAAUCAACAGAAGAUAAAUGGUGCAUAAAUUUUUUAUAUUAUGGUUUUGGUCAAGUGUCCAACACUGACGACUACAAGGUUGUUUUCAUAAAACCUGCCCCUGGUGAUUUUGUGAAUGUUCAUGUCUUCUCACUUGGAACCAACUCUUGGAAAGUUAUCAAAGCUCCUUCCUCUUCAUGGGCCGGGUGUAAUGACCGGCAGGGGGCUCUUUCAAAUGGAGCGAUUCACUGGGUGAACUAUUCCAAUCCCAUAGAUCUAUCACAUCCAACUCUGGUUGCUUUUGAUUUGGCAGCGGAGGAGUUCAGGCAAGUGCCAUUGCCUGUUUUCAACCGAAAUGAAGAUGAUAUGCGGGAGAUAAGACUGCAGGUUCUUUUAGGAGGAGGUCUAUGUGUACGGUCUGUGGAUCUUUAUGAGCAAAAUGAAUUUUGGGUUAUGAGAGAGUAUGAUGAGCCUAAAUCUUGGGUUAAACUCAUUGAAUUUGAUGGAUAUGAAUUACCAGAUGAGUUUGCUUCAUGCAAGAGCUGGGAUCCUAUAUUUGUUUCAGAAGCUGGUACAGUUUUGAUCAAACUGCUUGACAAGAUGGAGCUGGUCUGGAUUGAGUGCCUUCUGUAA